CAUGCCCCAAGAGGUCGUUGACGACGUGUUUCAAGACAACGGCCCUACGAUCGUCGACUGCGACACCCUCGAGGCGCACAAAGAGAAUGUUCAGCGACUUGUAUCUGGCCGCAAGGUCUCCGCGCUCUCCUCCGCGCUCGCGACACCGCACGCGCACCGCGAAGCGAAGCUCGCCGCGACGCGUCAACGCCUGCGCAUGAACGUGCAGGUCGCGCUCGAGGACGAGGACGACGACCCGCUGGAGGCCUACUGCCGCCUCGUCAAGUGGACGAUGGAAAGCUACCCGGAGGGCCACAACGCCGAGUCCGGCCUGCUCGAGCUCCUCGAGGAGGCGACGCGCGUGCUCAAGGACCAUCGCGACGGCCGGUGGCGCGGGGAGAUGAAGUACCUGCAGCUGUGGCUGCACUACACGAGCUUUGUGAACAAGCCGACGACGAUCUACAAGUUCCUGCUCGCGAACGAGAUCGGCACGCAGUUUGCGCUGCUGUAUGAGGAGUACGCAGCGGUGCUGGAGCGGGAUGGACGACGCAAGGCCGCUGACGAGGUGUACCUACUCGGCAUUGCGCGCCAUGCAGAGCCCCUCGACCACCUCAAGAGCCGGCACCAUGAAUUCCAGAAGCGCAUUCUCUGCGCGGCUAUGGCACCCCCUCCCGAGACGCCGGCCCACGCCCCCGCUGCAGGCCCGUCGCGUCGCACCGCGCUCGCCACGUCCUCCAGCCGUUCCACCGCUCCGCUCGCCAGCGCGCCCGCAAACACCUCCCGUCCGCGUCCGAACGCGACUAUUCGCCCCUUUGUCGAUGGCGCGGGUGGCGCGGACGAGGAGCCCGCUCCCGCGACGAACCCAUGGCCCGAGCUCGGCGGGCGGAAGGAACGCGUGAAGGAGAACGUGCCGGCGAAGAAGAAGAUGGCAGGAACGACGCUCAGGCAGAGUUCGCGCACGAAGCGCCCCGCGGCGGGUCCCAGCAUCGUGCCGUAUAGGGAUCCCGAGCCUGAAGCGAUGCCCCCGCCUGCGGCGCCCAUUCGUCCUUAUGUGGACGAACCAAGGCAGGCUCCGCAGACGCCUAGGAUCUCGCCAUACAGGGAUGAGGGUACUACGACGUCUCCGCGCUCGAGGGCCGCCCCGGAAUCCGCGAUGAAGCCCAAGGUUGGCGCCGCGCUUCUGGCGACCACCGAAGCGGAGGCUCUGCGCAAGGAUCCACUCAAGAACUACGGAGACGAGGGCGCGGGCUUUGAGGAAGAUGAGGAGGAGUAAAGGGUUUGCAUUCCGCUUAUUUUCUUGGAUCACGCAUCGGAGGAGAAGGAGGCGAUGAGCAUCGGGUGCGGAGGUUGUGGUGCGAGUGCUAGUGGUUCUGCGAGAGGCGUUGUUGGUUGGUGUUCACGAUUCGAUGUUCUCCACUCUUGUCACGAUCUUGCCUAUGCCUUCCGCUAUUUCUUGGGUCUGUACUUACUAUAUCUGAAGUCCAGUAGUAGAGCGAAUAAUCAGCAAGUGGUUCCUCCA